UAAACCUGAUCAAAGGGAAUCUGCUUCCCUCUGCUCUCAUCUGGAUCACCUCCCGACCAGCAGCAGCUGAUCAAAUCCCCUCUGAGUGUGUCCAUCGAGUCACAGAGGUACGAGGGUUCAAUGACCCACAGAAGGAGGAGUACUUCAGGAAGAGGAUCAGUGAUCAGAGCCUGGCCAAUAACAUCAUCACACACCUGAAGUCAUUAAGAAGCCUCUACAUCAUGUGCCACAUCCCAGUCUUCUGCUGGAUUUCAGCCACUGUUCUAGAGAGAAUGUUGGAUGAAGCAGAGAGUGGAGAGAUGCCCAAGACUCUGACUCAAAUGUACACACACUUCCUCAUCAUUCAGACAAACAUCAUAAGAGCAAAGUACUCAAAGAAGCAGGAGAGUGAUGAAGAAAUGCUUCUCAAACUGGGACACCUGGCUUUUCAGCAGCUGAUGAAAGGCAACCUGAUCUUCUAUGAGGAAGACCUGAGAGUGUGUGGCAUGGAUGUGAGAGAAGCAGCAGUGUACUCAGGUGUGUGUACUCAGAUCUUCAGAGAAGAGUUUGGACUUCACCAGAGUAAAGUGUACUGCUUUGUUCAUCUGAGCAUUCAGGAGCAUCUCGCAGCUCUGUAUGUGCACCUGACAUUCAUGAAGGAAAAGAGAAAUGUUCUUGAACAGAAUCGGGUCUUUAAGACAAUUUCAGAUGUCCACAAGAGUGCUGUAGAUCAGGCCUUAAAGAAUAAGACUGGACAUCUCGAUCUUUUCCUUCGCUUUCUUCUGGGUCUCUCACUGGAGUCCAAUCAGAAACUCUUACAUGCCUUAGUAACACAUACAGAAAGUAUUUCCCGGACAGGAGAGAGGAACACAGUACAGUACAUCAAGGAGAUGAUCAGUGGAGAUACCCCUACAGAGAAAUCCAUCAAUCUGUUCCACUGUCUGAAUGAACUGGGGGACAAUUCUCUAGUGGAGGAAAUCCAACGCUACCUGAAAUCUGGAACACAAAGUGAACUCUCUUCUUCACAGUGGUCUGCUCUGGUGUUUGUCUUACUGACAUCAGCAGAGGAGCUGGAGGAAUUUGACCAGAGUAAAUAUAUCUCUACAGAUAAAAUAAGAGAGGAGAUUCUUGUGAAGGUGAUGCCUGUGAUUGCAGCAUCCAGAAAAGCAAUUAUCAGGUGUGAUACAAUUAAAAAAAGUGGUUGGAGAGCUCUGGCCUCAGUGCUCAGCUCAGAAACCUCCAAUCUGAGAGAACUGCAUCUGACUGAGACUCAGGAGUGA